AUGACCGUACAGACAGAGCAUGAUGGAGACGCAAAGGAGCACACAGUUUCACCCUCCCAGCAUGCAAAUGUGCCAUCCGGAGUUCCUCCGAUAGAUGAGCGAGAUGCGCUGGUGUUUCAAAUACCUCCGAUAGACGCAUUGAAAGCAAUGACUGCUCAUUUGACGGAAUUGGCGCAUGUCACCGGAGAUGUUCCCGCAACGCCGUAUGCACAACAGCAACCUCAGAAUUCGGAGGAUUCAAAUCAGGAUCUCAUUGCGGAAAAACAGAUGCCGGCUGUCAGUAUCACCGAGUUACAUGGUAUAAACGAUGCCGCCGCGGACUCGCCUUCUGCAGGAGUAAUCCAGCAUAAUGUCUUGGUGAAAAGAUUCUACUCGAAAAAAGCGCCACCCAUCUCACUGGAGGAUUACCUUCUUCGCCUUCACAAAUACUGUCCCAUGUCGACCGCCGUUUAUCUCGCAGCAAGUCUUUACAUCACGAGAAUGGUGUUUACGGAAAAGGCCCUGUUUGUCACUCCUCGCAACGUCCAUCGGUUGGUGCUUGCCGCUCUGCGAGUGGCCAUGAAGGCAUUGGAAGAUUUGAGCUAUCCUCAUGCUCGCUUCGCUCGAGUUGGUGGUGUAGCAGAGCGCGAACUUACCCGACUUGAAAUCACGUUUUGUUUUCUCACAGAUUUUGACCUACGUGUCGAUGCGCAUGCAUUGUUAUGUCACAACAACCUACUUAACGGUACGCCAGAGCCGACGGAGAAUAGCAACGAUAAAAGAACUGCCGCUUCAAAUACUGCAGCACCCGACGUCGCCGAGGUGCUUGCAUAA